UUACAAAAAUCUUCAUCUUCUGCAGACUCUGAUAUCAAAAGUACUCCCCAUUCUCUCGGAUUGAGCUUGCGUGCUAAUAGAAGUAGUCCCCACCUUAGUACAAAUGGGGUAUCCUCUUUCUCAGGGAAGACCGGACCACCUGUCAUUCAAGGCACAGUCGAAGUCCUCACUGCUUUAACACAAGAGCUGCAGAACAGUGGCCGGACUGACUCAGAGCUUUGGAAGAACUAUGAGGCCCCGUGGCUUGCAGCUGUUUGAGUGUGGUUGAGCGGACAGUGCCGGGAGCAGAUUGUUGCCCAGCAGGAGCAGUUUCAUAGCCAGAUCCAGUGCAUCCAGGAGGAGAUAAAGAAGUUGGUGAAACUGCAGCUCAGCGCUGCUUCCUGGCCUUCCUGGAGCAGUGGCUCCGUCAGUGAACAACAGGUGCCAUUAGAAAGCCAAAUGGGCUGCUUUUCUGAAAACAGCGAAAGAAAUGAGUCUGUUACCAGUUACCCAGAGUCUAAGGAACCCGAGACACAGCCAGAACUCUCCACGUCCCACCCAGACUGCAGUGUGGACAGCAGCUCAGUGAGCAGUGGCUACGGCACCUUCUGCAUCCUGGAGAUGAACACACACAAGGCUAAGGAGCCCCCAGAGCCCAUGGAGCCUGAGGAGGCUUCCAAGGGGCAGCACACAGCCCCUGUGAUGCAGGCACAUGCCCCUGCAGGUGGCACAGCAGCCAUGAACUUUUGUGCACAGACCCCCGAAGAGCUUUGUGCGCCUCUAAAGGAAGAUGCUUCCACUUUUCCUGGUGAAUUUGAACACUGUUUUCUUAGUGGAAACAAGAUUUCAGAAGCAUACAGUGGAAAAGCAAAUAGUAGUAAGUCUAUAACAUCAUGGGCACAAAAGCUGAAGCAGAACCAGCAAAAGCAAGCACAUACAGAAGAUGGCUACUCAAGACCUAAGCCAGGGAGCGAGUUAAACCGGAAGCCUCCAGUUGAAACAUCCACCUUGCUGCUCGCCGCUGCCACACAUCCUUGUGCCUUUUACCUCAAACCAACUGAAAGCCCAAGUUCUUGCUUGUCUGAUUCAGGAACAGGGCUGACGUACUGGAAGCUGGAGGAGAAGGACAUGUAUCACUCUUUGCCUGACACUUUGGAGAAGACUUUUGCACCGUCCUCCCUAGACAGACCACUGAGCCAGGUCCUGACUCUGGAUCCAACCAUACAUAUGAAGCCAAUGGAGAAGGCUGCGGGGAUUCGGCCCCAUGGCUUUUUGAGUGCUCUUGACGACAGAAUAUCCUUUUCUCCAGACUCUGUUCUGGAGCCAAGCCUGUGCAGUCACUCUGACCGUGACUUGUUUUCACAAGCAAGUCAUAUGCUUCUCAGCUAUCUUGGUUUCCCCAAAUAUCCUUCAACUACGAAAGCGUCACCUGUGGACACUUGGAAAAGCCAUGCAUUCCACAGUGAAAGUAGGAGUUCCACGGUCCCUUCACUCUGCACCAUCACUAGCAACGAUAUCUCAGUCAGAACUGUAGACGAAGAAAACACUGUCACAGUGGCUUCCGCCUCAGUCAGUCAGUCCCAGCUUCCAGGUACAGCCAACAGUGUCCCAGAAUGCAUUUCAUUGGCUUCUCUGGAAGAUCCUGUGAUGUUGUCUAAAAUCCGGCAGAACCUCAAGGAGAAGCACGCACGACACAUAGCAGAUCUUCGAGCUUACUAUGAAUCAGAGAUAAAUAGUUUAAAACAGAAACUGGAGGCAAAAGACACUUCUGCCGUUGAAGAGUGGAAGAAGAAAAAUGAAAUUCUUAUAGACAGAUGUGGCCAGCUGGACAGUGCGUUGAAUGAAGCUACUAGUCGUAUGCGAUCACUUGAGAACAAGAAUAAUUUGCUAGAAGUAGAAGUGAAUGAUUUGAGAGAACGCUUCAGUGCAGCCAGCAGUGCCUCCAAAAUUUUGCAGGAACGAAUUGAGGAAAUGAGAACAAGCAAUAAAGAAAAAGAUAACACCAUCAUUCGGCUAAAAUGUCGGCUGCAGGAUCUGGAAGAAGCAUUUGAGAAUGCUUACAAACUCUCAGAUGAUAAAGAAGCUAGGUUGAAACAAGAAAACAAAAUGUUUCAGGAUCUCUUAGGCGAGUACGAGUCCCUCGGAAAAGAGCACGGGCGUGUAAAGGAUACAUUAAACACAACUGAGAACAAAUUGCUUGAUGCACACACUCAGAUUUCUGAUUUGAAAAGGAUGAUCUCAAAACCGAAGCUUCAGGUGAAACAAGUAGAGCAUGAGAAUACGCUGCGUCUUCGUCACAGCGCUGAAGCUCCCACAAGGCCAUCCCGGGCAAGUAACACACUGGCGACCUCAGAUGUCAGUAGGAGGAAGUGGCUGAUUCCAGGAGCAGAGUAUUCCAUUUUUACUGGGCAGCCUCUGGAGACCAGGGACAGGAAGACAGAUAAUCAGCUGGAGGAAUCCCGUUUUCCUGGAUACCAUUCUCCUCCAGAAAAGGACUCUUCCCUUGGAUGUUCACCUUCAAGCUUAUUGAUUAAAAAGCAGAGGGAUGCUCCAGACGCACCAAUCGUGAAAGCUUUAAAGGAACUUGAUGAUGAAAGAAUAUUUAAGAAUUGGGGGACACAGACAGAAAAAGAGGAUACCUCAAGUAAAUUAGUGAAUCCUCGGAAAACUGAACCUUCAGUCAAUACAGGCUGUUCCCCAGAGAAAUGUGCCCAGCAGAGACCAAAGAGACAGAGUUCAGCAUCACAAAGAUCGUCGUCUCUCCCACCCUCCAGUCGUAAAGCCAACACUCCAACAAAAAGAGAGAUUAUGUUAACACCAGUGACUGUGGCUUAUAGUCCUAAGCGAUCCCCUAAAGAAAAUUUGUCCCCAGGAUUUAGUCAUCUACUUAGCAAAAAUGAAAGCAGUCCUAUUCGAUUUGAUAUCCUUUUGGAUGAUUUAGAUACUGUUCCUGUGUCUACACUACAACAAACCAGUGCAAGGAAACAGCUCCAGUUUCUUCCUCUAGAUGACUCGGAAGAACAAAAGUAUUCAGAAAAAGCCAGUGACAACCCUGUUAAUCAUAGCUCUUGCCCUGAACCCUUGCCAAGCGGAGUGAAGAAAGUGUCCGCACGACAAGCCUGGGAGAAGAGUAAAUCAGUUAGCCUUGAGCAGUGUAAGCCGGUGCCAGCAGCACUACAGGGUAACGAUUUUGAAUAUACAGCAAAAAUUAGGACCCUAGCUGAAACGGAGCGAUUCUUUGAUGAACUUACCAAAGAAAAAGACCAGAUUGAGGCAGCAUUAAGCCGGAUGCCUUCUCCUGGAGGAAGAAUCACUCUACAAACAAGACUAAAUCAGGAAGCCUUGGAAGAUCGUUUGGAAAGGAUCAAUCGUGAACUGGGUUCAGUUCGAAUGACACUCAAGAAGUUUCAUAUCUUGCGCAGCUCUGCAAACCUUUGAGAUUGGUAGCCAUUAAAUCUGAGACGUUUUUGUUUGCACUGAUGUACAGUUCUGCACUCAGAAAAGACAAGCUUUUUGUACUGUUUAUAAGACUUCAAACAGUAGUUUUACAAUCAUGUUAUUCUUACACUUGCUAUUUUAUACUCAGAUGGCCACAUAUUUUCAAGAUAUUUUUGUUAUGCUCAGGAACCUCUUGUAUAUUUUACUAUUUAAAAAGCAUUAUUUUUAAAUAGCGUAUGUCUUCAAUUUCUGUCAACAAUAAGGAAAUGUAAACAGGAGGUGGCUUGUUGCUAAGGAAAUAGUGUUAUCCUUUUACAAUGAACUUUGCACACCGAUUUUAUAAACUUGUUCUACAUUGUAAAUAUAAUUCAUUUUUAAAAUAAAGGCUUCACAGCUUCCAUAAGGAUAGGCUAACAUGUUGAAUAUUAAAAAAUUAUAGUACAAUUUGCAUUUAGAUUCUGUAGAAGUGUUUUAGAAGUGAUAACACAGUUUCUAUGUUAAACUUAUGCCUUGUAGUGAAUAGUAGAACGGUUAAGCCAGCAAGAUGGCUUAGCAGGUAGAGUGCUUGCCACCAAGCCUGAGGACCAUUUUGAGUUCCAGGACCCACAUAUGAGAAAGAAAUGACUUUUGUAAGUUGUCUUCUGAGCUCUACAUAUACACUUCAGCACGUUCACACUCCAAUAAAUAAUUGAACAUAAAAAUUAAUAAGACUUGAACACUGGAGAGUUUAAAAACUACACAUAACUUGUUUGAUUUCCCUGAAAAUAUUUUUAAGGAAAGAAAACAAUUAAAGAUGGAGAGCAGCAGGUGGAGAGCUGGGGUUUUCUGCCCCCAUCCAGGAUGUAAGUUAUGUCACAGCUUGGACAGUUCCCAGGGUAGCUCCAGUUUCUAUUAAACAUAAAGCUUUAGCUCCCAAAGCCAUCACCCUCUUAACCUCACUGACCUACCACUCCACCCUUGCCAAAAAGAAAAAGACCUGCAUAGUAGCUGCUGUGAUAGCUGUUGGUCUGGGCUCAGAGUACUCUGCUCUGCCUGAUAAAGGACAGGGUUUAUGUCAAGAUAGAGCCUGGUGUCUUUCCCAGGGCCCUGCUGUGGCCCAUAGCCCACCAUAUGGGUGGCACUCCCUAGCUCUCUCUGAGAGCACUGUGUGGCAGGAGAAGCUUUUCUGGUCGAGGAGCAGCACGUAUCUGUUUGUGUUGGGACUGUUGGUAAUAUCUGCACUGCUCACCCCUCACUUCUGGUGACCAGUCCGAACUCAACACCCAUGUUCUUGGAAUCUGAGCUCUCAUAGUUGAUUUCCAGGGCUAGUGCUCAAGGUUUUGAUUUUGGUUUGCUUCUGAGUUCUUUCCACAUAUGUAGCUCUUCAUAUAUAUUUAUAUCGAACCAAGACAUGCCAGCAAUCCCAUUAAGGUGUGUAUGCCUCAGCAGAACAUCAGGUGGUCUUCAUGCAUCUUCUGAUCAAAGCUUUACCUGGUGAUCGAUUGGCCUGGACCCUGUCCUACUUGUGGGGACUCUCAGGUAGGAGGGGCAUCCUUGGGAUAGGACUAAACCUUGGAGUUCACAUUCAGUAACCAAUUGAAGACAUAAUCAAGA